AUGACCAUGGCCGACAAGGACGAUUUGGGAAUGAAGAAGAACAACGCUGGCAGUGCAUAUAUAGCAAGAGGGACGAAAACGGCAGUGAUCACACUUGCGAGGGGAGUGCGUACGCCGCACUUUGCUUUGAUCGCAGUUCGAGAUAAUGAGCCCGUAGCUGGGUAUGCACCUAAGAACAGACCUAGUAGGUUUGAAAUGUCAAUGGCAAUGAACUCCUACGAUGGGUCGAUCGUAUGA